AUGCCUAGCUCCCUGGUUUUGCUCCCAUGUAUUCCGCCUCUCUUGUCUUGUGUACCAGGUGUCACGCGCGGCUUAGCUCCGGUGGCUCUCAGAUCUCAUCCUUCGUGGGGCGUCUUACCCAGCGUAUCUGUCUGUGAAUUUCCCAAGACCGAGCCUCGUGAUCACAAAAAGUACAGUUUCAUACUCCAAACUUCAUACAUCUGUCCUCGCCUUCUCCGCCAGGAUAGGGAUAAACCAUCAACACGUCGGGAUACCUCGAUCUUACUGCUGCUGCCUGCAGGCGGGGCAGAAGUCGUUAGGAUGAACGGCUGUGUCAACGAUAUUGAUGGCUGCACUAACACGUCUUCUUGCAAUCCGGACACCUGGGCGCGGAUUAGCUGUUGUGCAGCAAAGGUUGGAUCAGGACUGCAGUGGUGA